UACAGCACACAUACAUGUACAUGUACCAUAUGCACGUACCAAAACAAAAACGCAGAAUCGCCACCAGAACUUGUGUAGAUAGGGAGAUGAAAUCCCGGGGAAAAAAAGCGAUUCUAGGGCAAGAUUUCUCCAGUAGGAGAACUGAGCUUACCCAUUCUCUGCGAUGACUCUCCUAGCAGUGGUUAGCCGGCUUAUUCGUAAUACGGUCUUUAAGUAUGAGACCGUUGCGUUCGUGGUCGCAGUGCUGUUCCUGUACAGUUACGUGUUUCACCGCGACCAGUUACGGAGCGUGUUCAACAGGGCACGGGUCAGCGUGCAGAACAGCCGGCUAAGCGCUCUUCCAAACGGACAGAUCACGGGAAGAAUUCCCGGUGCUGGUUCGGUGAACUCAGACCGUGGGAAUGAUGGUGGACCUAAACAGUGGGAGUUGAGGAAGGACAAUGUGGCUGUGUAUUCCAUCCAAGGCAGACGGCCAAGGAUGGAGGAUCGCUAUGAUUUUGUACAUGAUCAAAAUCACUCAGGAGUGGCAAUAUAUGGAAUAUUUGAUGGCCAUGGAGGAGCGUUUGCAGCAGACUUCACAGAGAAGCUUCUUUCUCAAUCGGUGAUGGCAAGAGUCCUGAAGGCACUCCUCAAAGAUGGCAAGGCCAACCACUCUCAGAUCUUGAUUGAGGAAAUCCUGUCCCUCGAUGAAAAGUUCCUGACAGUCGCACGGUCAAAUAAUGAUGUUGCAGGUACAACUGCUCUUGUGGCACUGCUGUCUGGAAAUGAGCUCACCGUAGCCAAUGUGGGAGACUCACGGGGUGUCAUGUGCGACCACGAGGGCAGGACUGUACCCCUCUCAUUUGACCACAAGCCCCACCUUCCCCAGGAGCGCAAACGCAUCAAGAAAGCUGGGGGCUUCAUCACCUUCAACGGCGUCUGGCGAGUCGCGGGAAUCCUGGCCACUUCCCGUGCCAUCGGCGACUACCCACUCAAAGAUCGCAAGUUUGUGGUGGCAGACCCCGACAUUCAGACCUUUGACCUUUCAGAACUCAAGCCACAGUUCCUCAUCCUGGCCACGGACGGACUGUGGGAUGCAUUCAGCAAUGAGGAGGCCGUGAUGUAUGUGAAGGAGCGAUUAGAUGAACCCCACUUUGGGGCCAAGAGUAUCGUCCUUCAGGCCUACUACCGGGGAUCCCUCGAUAAUAUCACUGUCAUGGUGUUGAACUUUAAAGCAGCAACAGUUAAUGGGAGUAAGAAAGACGAAGGUGAGAUUUAAUACACCACAGCUACCAGGGAACAUUGUCAAGGCUCAAGGUUAAAAAAGCAGGACACAGCAGGCAGGCUGUCUCCCAGUUGUCAGAUGUCAAAAUGUCUUGUGGUGAAUCUGACUGUAAUCUUAGCUUGGGGAUUUAAUCAAGUUAAAGUCUGUCUGCUCUCUUCCGUACCUCAAAGAAUUAUUGCGUCCAAAGAAUUUUGGGGGUCAAUGAACUUGUACUUUGGGCUACUCAUAGCUUGCCUCCAGUUGCCUUAGAUUAGCUCUCAAUUUUCUGUCGUGAAUUAUAUUUUGUGUGAUUGGUUGUAACAUGUUACAGCCCUAGGUCAGUUUUUCCGGGAGCUGUAAAUUUCACCAGUUGGAUGAGUGCAAACAAUUGUUGCAUUGUGGGAGAAAAGAUUACUGGCUAGUAUAGUGUCUCACCUGUUAUUACAGUGUCUCACGUGGUCCUGAAGUUGAUUUCUUUGGUUGGAACGUGAAUUUUCUGAAGUGUAUUUUACUUUACAGCUCCAUAAAAUUGUGCUUAUGUUGAAGGUAUUAUAAUAUUGCUGGUUUGGUGCUUAAUGCUUUGUAACAACUCACUACAAAAACAUACUAACUGCAUGGCCGUGUAACUUGUUUAUCCUGCUCUAUCCUCUCUGACCCCUAGUGUUUGAAGUUCACUGCUUUCCAUCUUUUUGGCUUUACAUGCAUAAUAUCCAGACCCAUUUGCUUGAAAUGCCCUGAUAAAUCCACUUGAUAAAAAUACAAAAGAAAUCCCUAAAUCCUAGGGUUCAAAGGUCGUUUCUUUCAUUGGUCGAUCCCCAGUUCCGUCUCGCUUUGGAAUGAUCAAGCCAUUGGAAAAGUUCGUACUAUUGUUAGUAGAGCAGGAUAUUGGUGUUUAUUUUUAACCAAAAAUAUCCUCCAUGAAAAGAAUUACGUGCAAUAUGGGAGUGAAUAACUGCCUGUGGUGUGCAUAUAUUUUGUUGUACAUGUGCAUUAAAGUAAAUGAUUUCAUGGUAGGUUGCAUUGAGUUACAAACGGUAUGUUGUUAGUGCACCACUUGGAAUGGUCAAGUAUAGUACAUGUACAUAGGUGCUUGUAGGUUGUUUUCUAGAAAGUGUGGUCAUUUCCACAUGCAUUGUAAUUACAUUUCAAAAUUUAAGCAUUCUGUUUUGUAUAUAUGUAGAUUUGAGCUGCUGUUGAAUCAUGUAGAAUUUAUGGAACAGGGACUGCCAAUUAAACACUACUAUUUUGCACACUACAUGUACAUUACAGUUACCUCAGAUGAUUUUAAAACUACAUCUGCCUGUAUAGUUGAGGGUUGCUUACUGUUUUCAUGUUGAAAUCAAGGUUUUGCUGAUUGAUUUACCCUGAUGGAAUUCACCUGGAAAAGUGUUCUUAGCAUGUAAAAAAUCUCAUUUGUAAAAAAAAGUAUAAACAAUUAACUAAAUUGAGAGAUUUGCAGUAAGAUCAAACACUUAUAAAGAAUAAGAGGUUUUGGCAUUGUGGACUGACACCCCCGUGACGUUGUUUCAGAACCCCUCCCCCAAGAAAGGCUAUAUAUAAAAGUGCAGCAUCACACACAAGCCAUACCUGUAUGUUGCUGUUGCAACAGUCUCUUAAUAUGCCUGUGUUGAGGAUAGGGAGGGGGGUCUUGAAAAAUUACAGGGGUGAAUAGUGCAGUGACUCAACAUCAACAUCUACAUGAUGUGCAGCAUUAUCCAUGGUCACAGCUGUUAUAAAUGCUUAGCAAAAGUCUUAUAUGCUAAGCGGCUGUGUGAUAAGUGGGCCUAAAGUGUCUUGUCCAGAAAAUAUCAUCACAGUGUACCGGUGUUACUGUGUUGGUGUAAUCAUGCAGUCCUCUCCCCUGAACAACGGAGACUGCCGUUGUUCAGUCACGCUGUAUUGACAGAGCAGCACUCACUGGUAAAUGGAUAACAUGUGUACACUGUGUGUUGAAUUCGGAGUUCGCCUGCAAGCUUUGUUGAGAAGGUCAACAUUAUCGGCAUUACUCUGUGCGGCCGGCAAUCAUUCCCAUAACUAAGUACAUGUGACGAAUGGGGACAGAUGAGCAGCCAAUGACAUUCUAAGAUGGCUAGGAAAUUUAAAUGGCAUUCUUUGGCAGAAAUUGUUGUUGUCAGUUGGUUUGUCAUUGCCAAAUGUAAUGUUUGGAAUGCCUCCAUUGCCUCUACCUUUUAUCAACCAACACUUUUAGUCAUCCCCUCAUUUUUUCCCUGAUUUUUCAAUAGAUGUGACAGUUUGUUUUUUUUUUCAUUUGUAUUACUGGCUCUGAAAUAUGCUUAGCUGUAGUUUUUGCUGAAUUGUGUGUUUGUAUAUGUUGUACUAAUACAAUUGAUAAUGUUUUUGCCUGAACUCAUUUGCAAAGAUUUGCACAUCAAACAUACUGAUUGCAAGAUGAGAAUUUUUAUUAAAAAGAAUUAUAACUGUAUUUCAUUUUGCCAUCCUUAACACUUCAUCUACUCAAAGACAAGUUGGACAAGACUUAACUAUGUUCAUUUAAAAUUUUGUGUUAUUUGUGUAAACUUGAUUGUAAAUUCUUCACCCUUCCUUUUGUUUCAGUUCCCAGCCUUAUGUAUCGCAUAUUGGUUGAUACUUUCAGGUGCAGCAUUUGUAUGUGUUUACAGUACUUUAAAAGUAUAACAUGAAAUAUAUUAGUUUAAUUAAAUCUGAAUGUCUGUAUAAAGUCUCCUGCAAAAAAACUGGCAGAUUUCACUGGCAGUCACAGCGCUGGAGAGAGAGAGUUCUUCCCUCUUCAGGGGCAGACCCAAUGGGAGCAGUGUAAAGGGGUGUGCAUGAGCACAGUAUCAGCAACGUACGUGUGAAAAUGAGGCAACGCCGUGACAGGUUACUUACUGUGGGUGUAUCAUUCUGAAAUGCUCAUUGGAGAAGACAGAAGCAAGAGAACCUGUGAUAGGUUUAUUUGUGCUUUAACUAUCUUGGAAUGCUUUUUCAUGUAUAAUUUAGUUUAUGGACAGCUAUUCCCAGUUGGCCUAACUUUGCCAUUUUGAACAGAUGUUAUUGUCUGUCAUUGCCACCCCUUGAAAGUUGCUUUAAAAAUCAAGUUCACUUUUCUUCUGGUUGACAAAGGUUUCAUUAAAAAAAAAAGGAAACAUAAAACUCCUCUAUAGGACCUGAUAGAGGAAUGUUAAGGGGGUUUACAGAGAAGAAUAAAAGGAAUUGAGUGCCAGAAAAAAAAUAUCUGUCGUUGGAUAACUGAUUAUUUCAACUAAAGAUUUCCAUUGAUUUAAUUAAUAUCAAAGCUCUUUCUCCUUUUUAAAGACUUCCACCGCACAAUCAGAGUUUUCGGGGCUAAGCGCCCCCACAACGACCCUUAUCUUUCCACGUCUACUCGACUCUGAUAAUUUGGAAUGGCGCCCUCAAGUGCAACGCAGAGCAGACGGCCGGCAGUGACACAUAUGAUAUAUGGGGAACUGCAAUGUGGUGCCGAUGUACUUAACAUAACACAGUACCAGUCGCUAGUGCUAUUUCUUUCUGUGCAUAAAGUGUAUUGGAACAUCAAUAGCAUACUGCAUGGUCCUUGUGUUGAACUAUUCUUCAGUCACAGUAGUAAUGACUCAAGUCAGUGGCUCAACUCGGGUCACAAUUGUUGGCAACUCGACUCGAGUCCUGAUGGGUAGAUGACUCAACUUGAGUCUCUGUAACCAAAUG